CACUAUAAGAAGCUACGAGAGCAAGUUUAGUUUCUUUUUUUCGGUGUAUUAAGUUACUUCGUUGAGAAGGUCAUACGACUAUAAUAGCUUUUCUAUUAAAGUUAUUAUUAAUAGCUUCGAUUGUGUUUUUAAUGUUGUGUGUAAUUGGUUUUAGCUGAAUUUUCUCCCGGAAGUAGCACCGGCUCCGAGUGUUAGCGUAGCCAGUUAGCUGGAGGCAGACAGCUGCACAGCGAGUCAGAGACACUUUGAUAGAGAACAAACUGUUUCUGAUGGACUUUAAGAAGAGAAAAUAUUCUUAUGCGAUUGUAUGAAAACGUAAGAAAACCAGAGUGCUGGAGAAAGGAAAGGACAAUGGAAGAGCCACCAGAUGGUGAGCAGCCGGACUCUCAGCUUUAUGAUGUCCAACAAGUGUUGGUGGUCAAAGAGGAGCUGGUUGUUGAGGAGGACGACUGGAGUCCCAGACCAGACCAGGAGGAUCAGAAGCCUCCUCAGAUUAAAGAGGAAGAGGAGGAGAAUGAGAUCACAGAGUUAACUUUCAGUCCUGUUUAUGUGAAGAGUGAAGAUGAUGAAGAGAAACCUCAGCUCUCAGAACUUCUUCCCAGUCAGACUGAGGGGAACAGAGACUCUGAGGAAUCAGAUGCUGACAAAACUUCAAACUGUUCUUCAGAAACGGACGUCAGUGAUGGAAACUGGGAGGAAAGUGAAGCUCAGUCAGGUUUAAACUCUGUGAAAAUUGAUGCCUUUCCUGUUGUUGAUAGAAAAUGUGGCAAAAGUAAAAAGUUACACAUCUGUCCCGACUGCGGUAAAACAUUCAGAAGCAAGCAAGGUUUGUUAGGACACCACAGAAUACACACUGGAGAAAAUCCUUUCAGCUGCUCCAUCUGUAAAAAACCCUUUUCUUCAAAAGGAAACUUGCAAAAACACUCAAAGGUCCACACAGGGGAAAGACCGUUCAAAUGUUCUGUUUGUGGUGUGGCUCUUAAGAGGAAAAACUCACUAAUUGAACACACAAGAAUCCACACUGGGGAGAAGCCCUUCAGCUGCUCCGUCUGCGGCCGAAGCUUUGGUUUCAGCUCGUAUCUAAAAGUUCACAUGAAGUGUCACUCUGAGGAAAAACCUUACAGCUGUUCUCUUUGUGCAGCAAGUUUCAAAAGGAAAAAUACUUUACUGGCCCAUGUAAAAACCCACACUGGAGAGAAGGCUUACAGCUGCUCAAUAUGCGGAAAAAUGUUCAAGUGGAAAGAAAGCGAAAUACGACAUAUGAGAUCUCAUACAAAAGAGAAACCAUUCAGCUGCACCAUCUGUCAAAGGAACUUUCCAUCCAGGAGAACCUUGAAAGAACACGCUAAGAUCCACUCAGAGAACAGACCUUUCAAAUGUUCUGUCUGUGAUGCUGCUUUUAAAAAAAAGAGAACGUUGUCAGAACAUGUAAAAAUUCACACGGAAAAAAAGCCUUGCAGCUGUCGGAUCUGUGGCCAAAGCCUUAGUUCCAAGUCAUAUCUAACUGUUCACAUGAGAAGUCACACAGGAGAAAAACCUUACAGCUGUUCUGUCUGCAAGGCCACUUUCAAAUGGAAAAAAACAUUUUUAAAACACUCAAAAAUCCAUGCAGCUCAACAAUGAAGUCCGUGAGAGUGGAAGUGUUCAUGUUCACGCAUCUUCAAUACAUCAAAAUAUUUGAAAUGUUAUUUCCAUAUACCCUAGAGAGAUUUCCCCCCAGAAAUUAUGUGAAGAGCUUUGAACUGUCUUGUUGCUGAAAUGUGAUGUACAAA